AGGGAAACAGGAGUCCCAGUGAGGCUAGCAGCGAUGCUGAAAGCUGAUUUUGAAGAGGUUCAUGACCUGAUCAUUAGAUUUGUUGAUAUUUUUAGGGCUGUCUAAGCACCUAUUAGCACAACUGUUAGCUGAUUUGUUCAUGCUGGUGCUUCAUGAAUCAACAAAGAUGCUGCCUAAUGGACUCUGUUGAAACAGAAGUCUACUGAUAUUUCCUUGUUGUGUUGCCUGAUGAAAAUUUUCUCAGGAUCUUGUGUCUAAUCCCAUGCUCAUGCACUCUUAGUGUUCCUCCCAUGUGAAUAUGACUCCCAACUGUAAAAAUAUAUGCCUUAUAUACACAUAAUCAGAGCAACUACUGUUAUUUAAAAUUAAACCAAGGACAGAACAAAGAGAACAGGAAAAAAAAAGAAAAAAAAGCCUUGAAUUCUACAAUGAAAUAACAUCAUGCAGGUUGCAAAUAUAGUUGCAAAUAUGCUUAUGAUAUCUCCAGCAGGCCUAGAGUUGCAUGUUCAUUAAUUAAUUUUCACAAACUGAACGAUGCCCCAGAGAAAAUUUGAAAUUAGAGAGGAAUAGAGAUAAGAGUGUUGUUCUCUUUCUUCCUGUUUCUUCUACAACCCCUGUCUUGCCUGCUUCUUCACUGCAGCUUAUUUGCCACUCAUGGUUCAUGGUACCUGCCACUUAGCAUUUUACAGUGAGUUGUCCCCUCACACCUGUACCUGCCUCUUUUGCCUCUCUUUUCCUCUCCUCUCUUCAAGUAUGUGUACGCACACUCUCCUCACUCUCCUGCACUGCUUCCUUCUGUUGCAGGUCUGGUGAGAUCCUCAGGAAUGUUUGGGCCGACUUUGGGUUUCCUGCUUGGAUCUUUCUGUGCCAGCCUCUGGGUAGAUAUUGGUGUUGUGGAUAUCGAUGCUAUUAACAUAAAUCCCAAGGAUACUCGAUGGGUUGGUGCCUGGUGGCUUGGACUGCUCAUCUGUGGAGCAGUGAACUUUAUUGCUUCAUUACCUUUUUUUUUUCUGCCUUACUCCUUAACAAAAGAAGGAGAGGAUGAGAAUCCAAAGAAGAUCAGUCAUCUGCCUGUUCAAGGAGAUCACUGUAAAACAGACCCCCCAGCUCAGCCACAGUUAAAGUUCUCUGAGGCAGUAAAAGAUUUCCUACCAACUUUGAAGAAAUUGUUUGGAAAUCCAGUUUUCCUGGUGUAUGUGUUCCUCACCAUUCUGCAGUAUAAUUCUCUUGUUGGAUUGAUAACAUAUGAGACAAAGUUUAUGGAGCAGCAAUUUAAUGUAUCAGUGGCAAAAGCUAUCUUUCUAGUUGGCGUGAUACUUUUACCCAUUACAAUCCUGGGGAUGUUUCUAGGAGGCUAUCUGAUCAAGAAAUUCAAACUUCACGUAACCGGAAUGGCAAAGUUUGCAUGCAUCUCCUUUAUAGUAGCAUAUCUGUUAAACCUCUUGUACUUUAUGUGUAAUUGUGAGGUGAUCCAGCUGGCUGGUCUCACAGUGCCUUACUCUGGGUUUAAGCAACUUUCCUCCCCUAAAAACAGUUUCAUGGCCAGUUGCAAUGCUGACUGCAGCUGCAAGAUGGAUCAGUGGGAUCCUGUAUGUGGGGACAAUGGCAUCACUUACAUGACAGCCUGCUUUGCGGGAUGUAAAUCAUCAACUGGGAUGGGAAAGAAUAUGGUGUUUCAUAAUUGCAGCUGUGUGGAAGGACAAGAGCAUGGACAUGGCAAUGCAUCUGCAGUUUUGGGACAGUGCCAAAGAGAGAGCUGUACCAAAGCAUUUCCCUAUUUUUUAGCAUUACAGACUGCAUGUGCAUUUAUUUUAGCCUUAGGAGGCACUCCUACAUACAUGAUUAUGUUUAGGUCUGUUUCACCAGACCUGAAAUCCUUUGCUGUCGGGAUUGAAACUUUAGGUGGUAGAAUACUAGGUGGACUCCCAGCCCCUAUUUAUUUUGGUGCCUUGAUAGAUGAGACCUGCUUGAAAUGGGGGACAAAAAGCUGUGGUGGACCUGGCUCUUGCCGAAUAUAUGACACAAAAGCAUUCAGGUAAGCUAAAGUCUUCAGUAUGUGAUUAGGAAAUUGGUUUCUGAGGCAACUUUGACCAGUAACAACUGAAAUACAUUCUGCACAUGAUAAUUUUUUAAUAAGCAGAUUAGGAUACCGAAGCACCAAAAUGUUAAAUAAUUUUAAAAUAAUCACUAAUAGAUCAAAUAAGCCGUAUACGUUUGAAAAAACCAAUAAAAUCAUAUUUUGGCCCGGGUUGAAAAAAACAAUCAUCUAGUUUCAAAUCCCCUGCCAUGUGCAGGAUUGCCAACCACUAGGCCAGGCUGCCCAGAUCUAUAUCCAGCCUUGCAAGUCUAAUGUAUGACAUUGCUGUGAACUCCCUUACAUCACCAGAAAUAGUUCCUUCAAUGAAGACCUAAUGCACUGAGUAAUUCUGCAGUGCUUUGAGCUUGUGAGAGACCAAGAAACAGUACAAUAGUUAUAGCACCAAGGAUAAUUUUCCUCAACAGUCAUUUCUCUGAUUCCUAAUGUGUAAGACACUUCACCAAAUUCACCUGGGGAUGGGGGAGGGUUGGGCAAGCAGGCAAAACUCAUCAAUUGCUGAACCCUUCAGAGAGGAGACAUUUCCUUAAGGAGUGUAGGACCAGAUUAGGGCCUGUCUGAGACUGAAAAUUAUGGGAUUGUUUGCUUUUUGCUUGUCAUUUCCCAAAACGUGGAAAGAUACCUGGCUGGGAAUAAAUGAUUUGGGUAUCUUGUUUU